AUGUUGCACUGUGACGCUGCUUUUGACUACUGGGGAAAAGGAACAACGGUGACCGUCACAUCAGACUCUCUGAACUGUGAUAGCUGGGCUUUUGACUACUGGGGGAAAGGAACUAUGGUAACGGUGUCGUCAGCCACUUCAACUGGGCCGACUGUGUUUCCACUGGUACCAUGUGGAUCCGAGACUGCAGCAAUGGUGACCUUUGGCUGCAUGGCCACCGGCUUCACGCCCUCCUCACUGACUUUCUCUUGGACCAAAAACAAUGUAGCCGUGACGGACUUCAUCCAGUACCCGCCGGUACUGAAAAACGACGUGUACACGGGAGUCAGUCAAAUCCAAGUGAGAAAAGAGGACUGGAACCCGAGUGAAACCUUCAAGUGUCUCGCGGCUCAUGCUGCCGGGAAUGCACAGGCGACUAUCCCAUCAACUCCACCAUCUCCACCACGGAAGCUUUUUCAGUUGCCAACUCUUAACGUGUGCUCCUCCUCUGAUGAGGAUGACGAGGUUUCCUUCUCCUGCACUGCCAAAGAUUUUUCACCAAAACACAGCGAGUUCAAAUGGCUGAGAAACGGAAAUGAAGUCGCCAACACAGGCAAGGGCACAGACCUUUAUGGAGAAAGAAAAGACGAGAAUGGCACCACCUUGUACACUGCAACAAGCAUGCUCACAGUGCAGAGCACAGAGUACACUGAAGGAAUAACGUUCACGUGUUUGUUCACGGGGCAAGGAGAAAACGAUAAAGUAUUCAAGAACGCAUCUGUGAGCUUCAAGGAAGAACAAAAGAUUUGUGUCGGAUGCAUGGAAGCAGAUGUGGAGGUAGAGAUCAUACCCCCCACAAUCGAGGACAUGUUAAUCAAUAGAAAAGGAGUUAUAACAUGUGAAGUCAAGGUAAAACGGGGAAAAAUCGAGAAAAUAUCGUGGGAGGAUGAGCAUGAGGUUGAAAUGGCCGACGGGGCUAUGAUCCCUCAACCAGGAAAGAAAGGCCUGUUCAUCCUUAAGCUUGACAUCACGUAUGAGGAAUGGGUCCAGGGGAAGAAACGGUACUGCCGUGUUGAAAGUCCAGAUUGGUAUGGAGCCCUGAAGAAAGUCUAUGACAGGAAUAUUGGAGGAGAAACUCAGCGUCCGUCAGUGUUUAUGCUGCCUCCUCUAGAACACACUAGAAAGAGUGAGGUGACCCUGACUUGCUAUGUGAAAGACUUCUACCCAAAGGACAUUUUCGUGUCUUGGCUUGUUGAUGACGUGGAAGCAAACUCGGCAUACAAGUCCAACACCACAAACUCUGUAGAAGGCAGUGACACCUAUUACGCUUACAGCCACUUGUCCGUGACCACCGAUCAGUGGAAAGAGCCCGAUGUGGUGUAUAGCUGUGUAGUUUACCACGAAUCCCUGGAUAACACAACCAGAUCCAUUGUCAGGUCCAUCGGAUACAGAUCAGAUGACAAACCCAACCUGGUUAACCUCAACAUGAACGUCCCCGACACGUGCAAGACCCAGUUGGCAGUAACCAGUCAACUGCAAAUCCCUCAAGAUGAGUGGAAAUCAGGGAAGGUGUUCAGUUGUGAAGUGUUUGACAGGUCUCUGAACAAAAAACCCAAUAAGAAAAUCAGCUUCUGCUCAGUAACACCAGCAUCUGCACAGAUAGUCGGCGUCUAUGUUCAGGGACCAACAUUACAGCAGCUUCUAAACAAAGCGCAGGUGACUGUCACCUGUCUUUUGGUCGGCCCUUGUCUGAACGAUUUCUCCAUCACCUGGAAAGUAGGCGAUAAAAAUUUCUCCCAAAAUGUCCGUACGGAGCCACCGGUGAGUCACAGCAAUGGGACAGAGACUCGGCGGAGCUUCCUCAGUGUGUCGGCGGAGGACUGGCAGGAUUAUAAACGAGUUUCUUGUGAAGGAAAGCACCCAUGUGCCAAACAGGGCUACGAAGACCACAUCAGCAAAAGCAGUGUCGUGUUUCCGCCAACGGUGAAGAUAGUUCAACCAACCGCAUCUGAGCUGUCUAUGUCUGAUGUCCUCACGCUUGUUUGCCUGGUGUCUGGAUUUUUCCCAUCUAACAUCAUGGUGUACUGGGAAGAGGAUGGCCAGAGACUCCCGUCGUCUCGUUACACCAACAGUCCUGCAUGGAAACAGGCAGAGAGCAGCUCUUAUUCAAUGAGCAGCCGACUGAGUGUCCCCAGAAAUGGGGACAAAGGGUCGUCAUAUUCUUGUUUUGUCAGACAUGAGUCAUCUGAGAAAACAUUUGAAAGCACUAUAGAUGAUGUGUUUGCCUCGGUGACCUACAGCGAACCGUCGGCCUUUUUGCUCCAGGGCUCCAAUGCACUCGUGUGCCUGGUGUUUGGCUUCAGCCCCGCGUCCAUUAACAUCACCUGGCUGCGUGACAAUAACACGGAGCUUUGGAACUACAACACCAGCGAUCCCCACAGAGGCCCAGAUGGAAAGUUCAGUAUCCGAAGCCACCUCCGUCUGUCCCAAGUCGACUCCUUACCCGGAGUGGUCCUCACCUGCAGGGUGACACAUGCAAACACCAUCCUGUCCCUCAAUAUAACUAAACCAGACACAUUGGAGAGCUGCGACUUCUUAGAUGACAUCCUGCACGCUGAUAUUUAUGACGGUACAGGUGUGGAAACCUGGUAUAUAGCUUUUACGUUCAUCCUCUUUUUCCUCAUCGCCAUCAUCUAUGGUCUCAUAGUGACCCUAAUUAAGACUAAAUGAUGACCACAAAAAAGAUUCAUGAACCUUCAAGGACUUUCUGCUGAGUUUUAAAGUAUAAUGACUUCUUUUUUUUUGUUGUUCUUUUGUAUUUGCAUUAUUAUGUUUUAUGUAAUAAGUUUAUAAUAUCCAUUUCUUUUAGGGGUGUAGUUGUGUAUUUGGUGUGUCUGUAAGAGGAAACGGGAAAAAAAAAACAUGCAUUUAAAAAAAAAAAAGAAUAAAUAUAAGAAAUAAAAAUUGAAAUCUGUGUAAUGAAUGCAUUUAGUAUCACUGCACUGUUUCUCACUGUAAAGAUAAAAAAAAA